AUGGCAUACAUCAAGUAUAUUCUCUUUUUCGUCAGUCUCAUCAGUUAUACAGAUGGUACUGUUACAUGUGGUGCAAAUGAAUAUUUGGUUCGAUGCAGUCAUCCAAUAGUUUGUCAACCGUCGUGUACUGAUCCUGAUCGAGUUCCAUGUCCAACGGUAGCAUGUAUACGAGGUUGCGAGUGUACUCAAGGAUAUAUACGUAGUACGGACGAAACUGAAGACAAUCCAUGUAUUCCUAUAAGUGAAUGUCAAAAUCAGAACAAGUCGACUUGUGCAAUGAAUGAAGUUGAAUCGGAGUGUGCGAAUCCAUGUCAACCAUCCUGUGGUGAACUAAAACGAGAACCAUGUCCGACAUUUACAUGUUCAAAAGGAUGCAUAUGUGCGGAUGGUUUUGUGAGAACAACAAAUGAUACGUCGAGUGCUUGUGUUAUUAAAGAUCAAUGUCCACAAUUGGAACUAGCAGGACGAGAAGCAAAAUAA